UGUACUUGCUCUUCUCAUCAGCCACAUCUUACAUAUUCCCUAACAGAUAUGGAUCUACAGUACUCCUGGCGCACGAGCAGCUUUGGGAGCUUUGACCGUUUCAGGCACCACUCGAUAUCAAAGACAGAUGAUUCAGCUGAGAUAUCUGAGCUGGAGACUAUAAGUGACAUUGGGGAAGCAGUACAAAUCAAAGCAGCAAGCAAUGGAGGAAGCCUGAGUAAGAAGAUGAGAGCCAUUUCACUUACCAUGAGGAAAAAGAUGGGCAAAAAAUACAUCAAGGCACUCUCUGAGGAGAUGAAUGAAGAGGGAAAAGAAGACAGUGAUCCUGGUGGUGGAGCACACACUGAGAAGGUCUCCCUGAAAACCAGUGACUCUUUGGAAAGUCUCUACAGUCUGAACAGUGGCCAGAGCUCAUCUAGUGGGGUGACCAGCUGCUCGGAUGGCACCAGCAACAGGGACAGCCUGCGCCUGGACGACGAGGUGCCCUACAACGGCCCCUUCUGCGGCCGCGCCAAGGUGCACACCGACUUCACACCCAGCCCUUACGACACCGACUCGCUCAAAAUCAAGAAAGGAGACAUCAUAGAUAUCAUCUGCAAAACUCCCAUGGGCAUAUGGACAGGCAUGCUGAACAACAAAGUAGGAAAUUUCAAGUUCAUUUAUGUGGAUAUUAUCUUGGAGGAAGAAGCUGCACCCAGAAGGAUAAACCCACACAGAGGAAGCAAAAGGACCAAGCCUAAAACACUUCAAGAGCUCCUGGAAUGUGUCCACCUGCAGGAAUACGCCUCGACCCUCCUGCUGAAUGGCUAUGAAACUCUAGAGGACUUAAAGGAUCUGCAUGAAAGCCACCUUAUUGAAUUAAAUAUUUCUGACCCAGAAGACAGGGCAAGGUUGUUAUCAGCAAUUGAAAAUCUCCAGGACUGUGACAUUGAAGAACAGCAGAAAAGUGAGGACGGCCAGGAGACGCAGAACUUGAGCCCUCACCAGAGUUUUGACAAAUCACAGUUAAAUGACUGUCCAAGAGAUUCUGGCUGUUACAUCUCAUCAGAAAAUUCAGAUAAUGGUAAAGAAGAAGCAGACCCAGAAGCCCUGUGUGACAUGGUGCAGUCAAUAACAAUCAGUGAGUCAAACUGA